AUGAUUUUCGCGGCGAAACGGCGAAACCGGUUGCUACGUCUGGUCCCCCUUCGUCACAAAACUGGAGGCCGUCCCCGUUUCAGCAACAUCCCCUACCGCACCGAACAAGGCUCUAUCCCCAAAGCUCCCCGUGGCAAGGUCCCCUAUGUCUCCAUCCAGAUUGGCGAGCAGCCGCCACAGACGCUCGCAGAUUCAACCCUCAUCACCAAAGCGCUGAUUGAGCAGGGGUACGUAGAGGAUCUGAAUCAGCGUCUAUCUCCAACGGAGCGAAUGCAUGACCUGGCGCUCAAGGCAUUGCUAGAGGACAAGUUGUAUCCUUACCAGGUACGAGUCAAAUCACUACGCACGACAGUGACGAAAUUAUCCUAA